GCGCUGUCUGUCUAAUUUCAACCAAUCAAAAGCGCUGGAUUAAAGUUUACAAUAUUCGCCGCCAGAGUGCGCGUAUAUCGCCAUAUCCGCCAUUGGGAAACACUUCAACAGAACAAAAUAAAUCAUCCGAAAUCACUUGCAUCGUGUUCGUUGGAAAGCAACGCGAUGUGGCCAAUUGAUCAUGGAUGACCUACCUUCCAAUGAAUAUAAUUUGAAAACACUCACCCCUGAAGAGGAAGAACGCCUCCGGUUGCAAGACACGCGUCUCGUAUCUGACUUCAAGGCGCUGCAACUGGAGAAAGACGCGAAGAAGCACUGGGACCUCUUCUACAAGCGCAACGAGACACGUUUCUUCAAGGAUCGCCACUGGACCACGCGUGAAUUCUGCGAUCUGCUCGACAUAGAUGAAAACCCCGAGGCUUCUCGAAUCCUCUGGGAGGUAGGAUGCGGCGUGGGUAACUUUGUCUUCCCUCUGAUAGAAGCCAAACUCAACUUUGAGUAUAUUGUCUGUGAUUUAUCAAGCAAAGCAAUUGAGCUUGUCAAACAGCAUGGCCUAUAUGAUGAGAAAUACAUUAAAGCUUUACAAGGAGAUAUAACAGAUCCAGAAAUAGUUGAUAAGAUUACUAGUUACUCAAAGGUGGAUGUAGCUACAUUGAUAUUUGUCCUCAGUGCAGUACAUCCUGAUAAAUUUGUAACUGCAUUGAAGAAUAUUUAUGAGUGUUUGAAACCUGGUGGGGUUUUAUUGUUCAGAGACUAUGGUCUGCAUGAUAUGGCUCAGUUGAGGUUCAAAGCUGGGCAUAAGAUAGCUGAGAACUUUUAUAUGAGGCAGGAUGGCACUAGGAGUUAUUACUAUUCAGUAGAGUAUGUUAAUAACAUCAUGGAGGAAGCAGGAUUCAAGGUUGUCCUCUGCAGUUAUAUCCACAGAAGGACCAUCAACAAGAAGGAGAAUAUUGAUGUGCCUAGGAUUUUCGUUCAGGGGAAAUUCCAGAAAGAAAAUUCCUGAUUUUGAUGGUCUAAUUAUUGUGGAAGCAGUAAAUCAUCGAAAAUAACAUUUAUCAUCAUUAAAACUUCAUCUUUUAAUCUGACAACUGCUACUACUACUAAAGUUCAUGAAAAAUUUUGUGCGACAUUUCCAUUAAUGAAAACAUUAGCUACUUCAGAUGAUAAAUGAUAGCAAAGUCGUCCUCAUCUCUCCGCUCUACACUCACCCUGUUAAACUCUUGAAGACUCAGUCUUCACCAAUGUACAAAACAAAACAUUUAUUUUGAUAAUAAAUACGUAUAUUUAACUCACA